CGCGUACCGGCCGGUCGUGUGUAGUACGGCAUCUGUUUUCUUAAACACGAAAUAGUCCGGAACAUUUGCGGGAUUAAGUGAAUUUUGAUUUAUAUGCUGGAUUAUAUUGAAUUUAUUUUUAUUUGGUGGAAUUUUGUUUCAGAUUUUGCUAGAUUGAUGUUCAAGAACUUCUAAUUGUUGGAAAUCUUUCUGGAGUAUGGAAUAGAAGAGGACAACAAUUAUUUUUUGCAAUAUGUCAUCGGCAAUCUGUCAAAACUUUGUCCAAAACGCCUGGAAAAAGGAAUUGUGUUCCAAUUGUUUCAAAUCCAAAGACGAACAUGCCCCGCCUCCCAAGCCAAAAUCAGUCCAAUUAGUUUCCAAUAGGAAUGUAUCAGGAAUCAUUAGGGAUCCAAAAAAACGCAAACCUAAACUCAAUGUUGAGUUUACUAAGGAACUAGCACAAUUUAUUGGUUACGGAGGUGAAGAUUGGCUUUCAGACGAGGAAACUGAUGAAGAGCCUACAUAUGAUGAGUCUGAUCAAUCUAUUAAUGAUGAUGAUCUUCUAACUGAUUCUGAUGAAGAUGACCAGAUUAAAGAAAUUAGAAGAUUGACUAAAAAAAAUACAAACUUCAAUACGGUAUCUUUAGGUGAAAUGAUUGAAGAAAAAAAGUCUUAUGCUCAUUUACUAUUGGGCAAACCUUUGGUAAACAAUGAAGGUAAAAAACUGGUCGUAUCAGUAACACCUUUUGGUGAAGAUAACACGCCAAGAAAAUAUUCAACUAAAACUUAUACAAGCACUUUGGUUACUAACGGCAAAGAAGUCAAAAUCGAAGACAAAUCUAAUGAAGAAAAAUCUUUGCUGGACGAAAUCUCAGAAACUCUAGAAAAAAGCAACAAUUCAAUAUUAGGCAGACGAAAAACGCCUUUGAGAGAAAUCGAAUCAAAUAAUAAAGAAAAUAUAAUUAUUCAAAAAGAGGAAACAAUAAAAACUGAACGAAAAACAACUUUAAGCAGGACUCCGGCACUGAAGAGCAGAGACUUGGAAAAACCAGCCAUUUAUCAAACUUCCACAGCGAGGAUCGAGAUAUUGAAUAACAAAACCACAAAUAAUGCGAUUACAAAAGAAAACACUAUUGAUACUAUUACUAAAGGUCUAUCCAAAAGAGAUCAAAAAUUAUUCACAGACAUUGUAUCUUCAUCUAACUUUAUCAAAAACGAAAAAAAAUUCAGUAUUCCUCAAAGUAGAGAGCAAGCAGGUAAACCUGACGGCCGUGAAGAUCCUGAAGAAACUCCAGCAGAACUUCCAGCUCUACCUUUAACACCUCCUCCAGCUUUAGAAAAUCAAACUUCAUUUUUACAUCCAGCAACAAAUAAUCCUCCUGUAUUGGAAAAACCUAAAAUCCCUUCAAAACCCUCAACAGUUUUGAUUCGCAAACCUAUUCCAGUCACUCCUACUAGUCAACCAUUGACAACAUUUACUAAAGAACCUUUAGUGAAACAAGACAGCGAUGCAGAUUCCAAAGGCAAACGUAGAGCACCAAUGCCUCCAGAAGAAACUUUGCAACCUACAGCAAUAUUCACUAGAAACUCUGCAGUUUUGACCAACGGAGACUCACCAGUGGUCAGAGAAAAAGAAAAACGGGAGAGAAACGAAAGGGCUAGUUCGUGUACACCAAAAAUAUAUGAAUUGGAUAUUGGUCAUUAUCAGACUCCUGCGCCUACGCCUAGAAAAAGUUUGUCCAUCUCUAGUGAUAAUUUAGUGCCUUCAGAUGACAAACGCAAAUCAAAAGGCCGCUUUUCCCUCAAAAAAUUCCUCAGAAUGGGUUCCAGUAAAGACCUGCCAAGAUUGUCCAUCGACCCUUCAACUAUGGAAGAACCUUUGGCCGUACCAAAACCCAAACCUAGACUAGUGAUUGUCCAUCCUAGUGAACUGAACGGUUCCAAAGUCGAAGUUGUUGCCAAGCCUGAUCAACUCGACAACGCGGUCAUUGAAACAAACGAACGUUCCAGCUUAAAAGCAACCAAACCGCCUCCUCCUCCGAGGAACUACGACAACUGGAAGCCUCCUCUGACAUCGCAGCCACCUCCAAAAAGUAUGGAAAUUCUUAAUAAGCAACUGGCGUUGUCUAGGAGUAACUCAAACUCCAGUACUGCCACUAACAAGUCAAAGACUGAAACUGUUUAUGCUAAUAUUGGAGAAGUUAGAUCAUCAAUAGUGCCUAAUAAACCGGUCAGGACGGCGAGUAUGCGAGAGAGGGAAGCGCAACAACAAAAGCAAAUGCAACAAAAGCGAAGCAGCAACCAUCAUUACGAGCCUAUUGGUAAUGACAGAAUGAAAACCAAUGAAAAUGUUUACGACAGUGUCAACGGCGGUUCAAUAAGUAAUCGGUCUAGUAGUCCUGGAAGUGAUUCUAGCGGGAAAAAUAGUCCGAAGUCGAAAAACGCUAGAUUGAAUAAGAGAUCUGAAAGUUCCAUUGACGUAUCGGGCGAAUAUUUCAAAUACGGAAAUAUUCCGAGAAGUAUGUCGCUGACUUACUGCGGAAGCGAAACGGAAUCGGAAAUCUACGCGCCCUACAGUUUCUAUGGAAGCGAAACGGAAGUCACCGAAGACGAUCACGAUUGGAUCCAGAACGGCCGCACUCACAAGUUGCGUUCCAGAAAAGGCCGCAGCGUCGUCCACAGGAAUUUGGAGGACAACUAUGGCGCCGUUGUGGUGGCAAAUCACGAAGCUUUGGCUCAAGUUUUAGAAAAUAUCCAACAAACUACAUUUAUUCAGCCAGCAUUGAGAGGGCUCAAACUUUGCUCCAACCUACGUUUGAGUGAUUUUUCCAUGAAAACUGGCAACAGUCCUGUAGUAGUUGGUUCAAAAACUUUCCACCAAGCCUUGUGGGGGGCGCAACAUGUCACUUUGAUGUUCAACACCGGCAUAAGUACUUCUAGUACUUUGAAUUUAGGUACUUUCACUUUAAAUUCGGUUACUGAUUUUAGUGACUUGGUUCCAAGUGAAUAUUGUUCCUUAGCAAAAAAACAGAGUCAAGCAACAAUUUCUGUUCUUCCUUGGCUCCAGCUUCACACCAUAGAGUCCUACAGUGACUUCCUCAAAACCAAACCCAACCAAGACGAAAUCUGGCGAGACGGUUUCUUUGUAAUGCUUCAGCUAGUCAACGCCUUGAAAAUGCUUCAAGCGCAAGGUAUCGAAGAGUUACCUCUGAGCCUCAACAGCUUCAUUCUAUCUAGAGAAAUGGAUAGAGAAACUCACCACAGACUGUGCAUAAUGCAAGGCUCGUUGUCCUCGGAAAUCAGCGCUCUAACUUCGCCAGAAGAAAAAUACGGAACUUUAUGCAUGUGUGCGGCCAGAGCUAUCUCUUUGCUACAGCCCAGCUCUAAGACUACGGCUUUGAUACAAUCUUUGCUCAGCAACGAAAGAUCAGUUUCGUUGACGCAAGUCAAAGCGGUGCUGGAGUUUAGUCUUUGGGGACCCUCUGACGUGUCUCUGGGAAGUACCGUUAGAGAGCGCGAACUCACAUUGCAAAGAUGGCUGGAUUUGCAACGAGCCACAGUUCUUCACGGGCUGGUUUGUGCCCGAGUGCAGUUGACAGUUUAUGAAGAGUGUCAUUUGUUGUUCUUAGUGAGGAGCAACGCUAGGAUGAUGAGCGAUGCUUCUAUGUUGAUUGAGUCGAAUAAUUUGAAGUAUUCGCAUUCUAGUAGUAAAGCAUAGAAUGUGCUAUGUAGAAUGACAAUAUUCAGAUUUGGAAAGUGCAAUAAUUGUCAGAGAAUUUUGAACUAUGAACUUUAGUGUGGUUUUUAUUAAGCUAAUAGACUUUCCAAAGUCAAAUAAAUGCCUUGGUGUCUCACAAAUCAACCAAUCACAGCAGUUAUACAUUUGACAAAAUAAUGUUACCUUAAUGAUUGCUAAGUUUAUCAAAUGAAAAAUUUCAUGGCCUAUUAUUGCUUACUAAAUUGAUUUUACUCAUUUAUUGUAAAAUUUUAUAAUUUUUGUAAAUAUUUUUGAAGCAUCUAGCAUUUGAAACUGCCAUUAGUUAUGUUUAUAUUAUUAUUUUUUUUGUAUGUUUUUAUUUAUAUAGAUUUUAAUUGUAUAUUAUAAUAAAUAUUUUUUAAAAUGCUUAAAAUUGAGAUUUGUUGCUGCAAUUCUAAACAAUUUUCAUCAAUUCCCAAUAAAGCUUCGGGAAAUAAAUAAAAUUCUUGUAUCAACAUUUGAUGAUUUUAUUCAAAUCAAUUUCUUUAACAGUCACUAUAAUCUAAUAGCGUUUACAAUAAUUACAAUUAUCUAAAAAAUAACCAACUAAAAAUUGUUUCUUUUUUCAUAAUAAUAAAUUAUGUACAAUUUUCAUCAUGAAUAGGGUUUAUUUUUUUCUACAGGAACAUUCAACACUGUACAGAAAUUUUAAAAUUGUUUUUCUAUUCCCGAAUUUAAUGUUCGAUUUGUACUAAGGAAAUUCAUUAGAAAAAUCAUCAGUAAAUUCGGAAUUUUGGUACUGCAAUUUUGAAUAGUCCUACACUUAAGUUAUAAGACAUAAAUUCAAACAAAUGUAUUUGAAUAUUAAAAAAUCUUUCAAUUUAUAUUCUUUGGAAAAUAAGUCAAUCAACUAUAGAAAAGUUACUGUGCACAAGAAAAAUAUCCUAAAGAGAAACACUUUCUAAGUUCUAAUUGAAUAACAAAACAUAAUAUUAAUUUGAAUUCAUAAUCGUCAAUUUUUCGUUCUAAAAGAGGGGACAAAAGAAAAACAACAAGUAAAAAGGUAAAACUAAAAAAUGAUAAUAUUAAUAAAUAAUGUUGCACCUAGAAAAAUAAUAAAUCUGUCACUAUCGUGUCUUUUAACAUCACAUUUGCUAUCUACGACAUAAAUAAACUAUAAAGUAAAAAGACUUUUUAAUCACAUUUAAAAAAUAAACUGUUUUUUUUUCUUUUUGUUUUUUUUUUUAAGUUAAUUGUGUAAAUGUGUUCAGCUAGGAUUUAUUGUCACCACC